GGGAAAAGGCACAGAGCCGGGGUUGGAGGAUGCGAAAGGUGCAGCGAACAGCGGCGGCGGCGGCGGCGACAGCAAUGGAAACACCAGCCGGGAGAACAGCGCGCCGGUGAGCUCUAGACACGACGGUCCCCGCACGGAGCCCAUUAGGCUCGAGAUGAAAGAAGACCGGGGCGGCAUAGGGCUCGACAGCGAGCGCAAGCGCAAGAUCAACGAGGCGUACGCCGCGCAGGACAAGCGUGCCCGGACGCUCGACCCGGACGAGUUCCGCGACCGUGUACGCAGGGAGAGGGAGCUCGCGCGGGCGGAGCGGCAAUGUCAUGCUGCUAUGAAGGUGUGUGAGAAGCUGUACGAGGACCGGCUGCGGGGUGGGGACUCUGAUGAGGGAGGCGAGCGAAAGGAAUUAGGGGCAGCCGACGAUCACAGGGACGAGGACGCCAGAAACGCCAAGAGAGAUAAACGGGCGCGCGCUGCGCUGUCAUCGCGACCCCUGAAGAGUAUCCCGAUCGAGUGGAGGGGCCUUGUGCGAGCGCGUGAGGAGGCAGAAAGGGACCGACGAAUGCGCUACGAUCUGGAGCAGACAUCACGAACGCGCCUGCCAACAUAUGAAGACGACACGGAGGAUGCUGAUGAUCGAACAGCGCUGGGCAAGACGGCGGCUGCAGCGUAUGUCCCCGUCGAGGAUCUUGAGGACGACGACGAGGAAUUGGAGGAGUUCACGGGCCUCGAGGCGGACGAAAAGCUGCGGCGAAUCAUUCUAUACCUACGGAAGGAGCACAACUACUGCUUCUGGUGCAAGUACCAGUACGACGACGAUACUCUGGACGGUUGUCCUGGGCUGACAGAGGAGGAGCAUGAUUAAAGCCAAAAAUGUAAACCAUGAAUCAAGGAUCAUAAGGCACUUCAG